AUGGCCAACGUGCUGGACGCUGUCUUGGAGACUACGAAGGCCUUGAGCCCUGGAGCUACUAAGAAAGAUGCUGAAGCUACCAAAGUCCAAGAUGUGGCCAAAGCUGGGUCUUCAGCGUCCAUUGAGACAAAGGCUGCCGCGCUUGAAGACAAAACAGCAGGGCAGAUUGUUUCAAUUGCUGGACGUGGUCCUGAUGAUAUGCUAUCUAUAAGGCGAGAUAAGAACCAUAUCCUAUUUGGUGGCACUAAAGUAUUGCAACACACUGCAGAUAAGUCUAUAAAUCUUCGAUCACCUGAUGGUGGCUGUCUAGCUUUUGUAUUGAGGAUUAGAUUUGAGACUAGCCAAGGGAAAUUGAUGAGGACUAUCUUAUUUUCAACUGAGAGGGUACCUGCAAAUAACAAAGAAAGUGGCAUGUUUAUACUCUUUUUGCUUUUGUUUGCAAUCAUUGCGUCCGGUUAUGUGCUUGUGAAGGGAUUAGAGGACCCAACAAGGAGCGGAUAUAAACUUUUAUUGAGCUGUUCGUUGAUUAUUACUUCUGUGAUACCACCGGAAACGCCUAAAUUUUCUGAAUUGCCAGUGGAGCUCUCCAUAGCAGCCAAUACAUCUUUAAUUGCAUUGGCUCGACAUGGUAUUUUCUACACAAAGCCAUUCAGAAUACCAUUUGCUGGGAAGGUUGACAUAUGCUGCUUUGAUAAGAUAGGGACUCUAACAUCAGAUGAUAUGGUUGGUGAUCCCCUAGAAAAGGCUGCUAUAAAGGGCUUAGACUGGAUCUACACAUCUGAUGAGAAGGCCAUGUCCAAAAAGCCUGGUGGUCAACCUGUUCAAAUUGUGCACAGAUACCAUUUUGCUUCUCACUUGAAGAGAAUGUCUAUUAUCGUCUGUAUUCAGCAGAAAUUUUAUGCUUUCAUUAAGGGUGCACCAGAGACCAUCCAAGAGAAAUUAGUUGAUUUACCUGCUGCAUAUGUGGAGACAUAUAAGAAAUACACACGACAAGGUUCUCGGGUCUUGGCUCUUGCAUAUAAAUUGCUUCCUGAGAUGCCUUGUACUUCCAUAAAAGCCCUUUGCCAAAACAAAGCAAAAAACUUCUAG